AUGAUGGAUGCAGCUAGUGGAGGUGCUAUAGUGAAUAAAACCCCUCGUGAAGCUAGAGAUUUGAUAUCCAUAAUGGCUGCCAAUUCACAACAAUUUGGAUGCAGACAGGACACACCUUCUAGAAGAGUGAACGAGGUGAACAUUUCUUCCCUUGAGAAUAAAUUAUCUCACUUAACUACUCUUGUUCAACAGUUAGCUUUAGGAGGUACACAUCAGGUAAAAUCUUGUGGGAUAUGUGCCACUACUGGACACCAAACAGACAUGUGUCCGACACUUCAAUAUGAUUAUUGUGAGCAAGCUAAUGCAAUUGGAGGCUUUCCAGGCCAACCACAACGAAAUUAUGAUCCCUAUUCAAAUACAUACAACCCAGGAUGGAGGGAUCAUCCAAAUUUCAGCUACAAGCCACGUCCACAAUUUCCACAGUUUCAACCUAGACAACCCAUUCAAGAACAAUCUUCAUCUUCACAACAACCAUCUUCUAAUUCAAGUACGUCAUUGGAAGAUAUUGUUAAGUCACUUGCCAUUAACACACAACAAUUUCAGCAACAAACACAACAAUUUCAGCGAGAAACAAGAACAAGUAUUCAACACUUAGAAAGUCAGAUGAGUCAGCUAGCGUCUACCGUGAGUAGAUUGGAGUCUCAAGGUAAGUUUCCCUCACAAACUGUUGUAAACCCAAAGCAAAAUGUGAGUGCAAUUACCCUGAGAAGUGGAAAAGAGUUGGAACAACAUACUCAAGUGAGAAAAACACUCAACCGAGAUGAGGAAACUGAAAAAGAGGUCCAUCAACCUCAAAAUGAUCAAAAACCUGUCAAAGAACACCCAAAGUCUUGGGUAAUUCCUCCUCCUUUUCCUAGUAGGUUGGCCAAAUCCAAGAACGCCGAAGAAAAAGAAAUUCUAGAGACAUUUCGAAAGGUUGAGGUAAAUAUUCCUUUACUUGAUGCUAUUAAACAAAUUCCUCGAUAUGCUAAGUUUCUCAAGGAGUUGUGCACAAAUAAAAGAAAGCUGAAAGGCAAUGAAAUGGUAAGCAUGGGAGAAAAUGUGUCAGCUGUUUUAUAG